CAUUUUACUCAACUGCGUUACCCAUUCCAUUUAGCAGAUGGCGGUCUGCGACUUUAAGGCAAUGCUGCUACUGUGACGUAUAAUCUAGUGGACGGAACGCUUCUUUCAACAGCAGCAAAAGUAAAUCAGCCACCUCUGUAGCUUGCUAGACAAAAUAGACGAACCAAUAAAGCUCUUUAGACGCGUUAGUGUAUAUUAGCCACUGUAUUUUAAACCCACUUCUGUCGUCUAGUUAGUUAUCCCUUUUAAUUUCAUAUUUACGGUAUUGUUUUUAUUAUUCAUCUAGCGGGCUGGUUAAGUUAGCAUUAGCCUAACUAGCUAACAUCUCCAACCAUGAGGUCACUAAGCUACUCUCUUGUUAAUGAAGAGGAGGACUGCUGGACGGAGAAAGAAGCUCUCGUCAAAGAGGAGAAGGAAGAGAAGGUUAUCACAGUAAAACAAGAAGUAGAGGGUGAGGCUGUUACAGUGAAAGAAGAAGAGAAAGACGUUACAGUGAAAGAAGAGGUAGACGCGUUCAGAUUGAAAGAGGAAGAGGAUGUUACAGUAAAAGAAGAGGAGGAAGAGAAAGAGGAGGCUGCAGUUUUUGGAGUGAAAGAGGAGGAUGGGGAGAUGACUGUCACAUUGGAAGAAGAGGAGGAGGAAACUGAAUAUCUGGGCUCGGUUUCCCAAACGCAUCUUAAGGCAUCCAAUGGUUCUAACGAUGAACGGGCCCUGAUUAACACUAGAGAGAGACGUGACUAUCGUGGAUCCUCUGGGGAGCCUCAACAACAUCAUGAUGCUGAUGAGGCAGAGAAGAGUCUCUCCACGUCAAAACACCUCAAGAAACACCAGCAGAGAACCACAGGGAAGAAAUCUCACUUCUGCUCUGACUGUGGGAAAGGUUGCAAAUCUUCAUCAGAACUUAAAAUACACCAGAGAACACACACAGGAGAGAAACCUUAUAGCUGUGGUCAAUGUAGGAAGAGUUUUACUACAUCUAGCGUUCUGACUCGACAUCAGAGAACACACACAGGAGAGAAAUCUUAUAGCUGUGGUCAAUGUGGGAAGAGUUUUGAUAGAUCUUGCCAUUUGACUGUACACCAGAGAACACACACAGGAGAGAAAUCUUUUAGCUGGGACCAAUGUGGGAAGAGUUUUACUAGAUAUAGCCAGCUGAUUGUACACCAGAGAACACACACAGGAGAGAAACCUUAUAGCUGUGAUCUAUGUGGGAAGAGUUUUAGUCAAUCUGGAGCUCUGACCAAUCACCAGAGAAUACACACAGGAGAGAAAUCUUUCAGCUGUGAUCAAUGUGGGAAGUGUUUUACUACAUCUAACCAGCUGACUCUACACCAGAGAACACACACAGGAGAGAAACCUUAUUGCUGUGAUCAAUGUGGGAAGAGUUUUACUACAUCUGGCUCUCUGACUUUACACCAGAGAACACACACAGGAGAGAAACCUUACAGCUGUGAUCAAUGUGGGAAGAGUUUUACUGCAUCUGUCUCUCUGACUUUACACCAGAGAACACACACAGGAGAGAAAUCUUAUAGCUGUGAUCAAUGUGGGAAGAGUUUUUGUCAAUCUGGCCAUCUGACAGUGCACCAGAGAACACACACAGGAGAGAAACCUUAUAGCUGUGAUCAAUGUGGGAAGAGUUUUACUACAUCUGGCUCUCUGACUUUACACCAGAGAACACACACAGGAGAGAAACCUUACAGCUGUGAUCAAUGUGGGAAGAGUUUUACUGCAUCUGUCUCUCUGACUUUACACCAGAGAACACACACAGGAGAGAAAUCUUAUAGCUGUGAUCAAUGUGGGAAGAGUUUUUGUCAAUCUGGCCAUCUGACAGUGCACCAGAGAACACACACAGGAGAGAAACCUUAUAGCUGUGAUCAAUGUGGGAAGAGUUUUGUUCAAUCUAGCUCUCUGACAGUGCACCAGAGAACACACACAGGAGAUUAACCUUAUAGCUGUGAUCAAUGUGGGAAGAGUUUUGUUCAAUCUAGCUAUCUGACAGUGUACAAGAGAACACACACAGGAGAGCAAAUAUAUAGCUGUGACCAUAGAUAAUCUGAUAAAAGAUCUCUGACUAAUCAUCAGAAAAUACAUGAAGGAGUUGUUUCAUGAUAUCAAUGAAAUGUCACAAUGUAGAAUGUUUUAACUUUGUAGUAGGAGUAUUUUAAUGAUGUCACAAUGUAGAAUGUUUUAACAUUGUAGUAGGAGAAUUGUAAUGAUGUCACAAUGUAGAACCCUAAACGUUUGCCCCCUGUUCUAUUGAUUUCAACAUGAUAUGGAUAUUAGCCUCAGGGGGAAUAAUCCAAGCUCUGAUUUGAAAGAGUACUAUUUAUGAGAUUUAGUAAGUACACAUUAUUCCCAGAUUCCGUGUGGUUUUUGAGCUGUUAGUUUUAAUAGGACGUGCAACCUCAUCUCCCUCCUGUUGCACAAAUGAUUUUAGCAUGAAAUUGAUUAGUUAUGACAAAUAAGUGUUGCGUUCCUUUGUUUAGCGACCCGUACAUUUAAAUGCAUUCCAACAUCACGUACAGCCUGAUUUCCCCCCUAAUCGAUAUCAGUGAUUUAUUGCUACUUGUCAAAACAACACUGUUUCUGGUGCUUGUGCAGUUUAUAAGGAGCUUGUUUAAAAAAAUACAAGAAAUAUGAUUAUUGUGGCAGAUGUUUGUGUAAAUAGCACAUGUUAUGUUUAGGUUUUCAAUGUAUCCCAAACUGUUUCCGCAUAUUGGUUAUUGAUUUGGACACGUUAAAACUGUGUUUUGUCAUUGAGGCUAUCCCACCUAGCAAAAUGUAAUUGAAAAGUCGUUGAAAAUAAGACUAUGCAAUCAAAUAUUUUUUUAAACAUUUUUUAUUAUACCAUGCCUUACCAUUAAGUGAAUUAUUGACAAUACAUAUUAUCAAAGGGGUGUACAUUCAUGUAACUUUUAGUAAUCAUAAUUAUUUAUGCAAUCAACUGACAAUUUUCGGGUAUAAUUAUAUUGACAUUGUUGCCCUUCUUUUAGAAUAGCAGGGUUCAUUCUCAGAUGUGCCAACCCAAAUGUACUAGAGCAUGACAUUGGGGACUGGGCCCCGAUCCAACAACAUGCCUAUCUAGUGAACUCUGAAAAGAGAGAGAAGCUCCGCAGUGAGGUGGAAAGUUACUGUGGAUAUUGCAGGAGUUUCCUCUUGAAAUCAGACAUGUCCGUGUUAAGGACAACUUGGUUGCUGAUUGUUUCAAGGGUGGGCAGUCAAAUAGAUUUGCGUUUAGCCAUUGCGUUGCCAUGGAUCAAUUUACUUUGACUGCACGUUUUUCCGUAUUGGAGAUGAGUUUUGUUUGGGCUCGUUCCAAGGGGACGAGAGUUCUAGAAGCUGGUGAGUUUUAGGAAGACGAGAGUUCUAGAAGUUUGUUGAGUUUUAGGAGUCUAUAGAAUGAAAAAGGAGAAAAAAAUAAUACGAUUGUAUAUUAUUAUUUAGAAAUACCUGUUUUUAAUUGUUGACAGCCAGUAGACACCAUGUUUAUAUUGUAGAAGGUGAAGCAUUGUAGUUGAUUAUAAUGUGAAAUGGAAGUUGUUUUCUGUUGGUGGUGAGCAAACUUGUCCAACAAAAAUUAUAGGAUUUAUUUGUUGUUUUAAGGGGGAAGGUGUUCCAGGCUUUCGUUUUUCCAUUUAUGUUUUGAGGUUGGACUCUAGCACGUAUAGCUCGUUAGCACGUAGGGCACACUGAUUGGUGUCACCUCGUUAGUCAGUAUGUGUAACACCAGUUCUUUUGUUUGCCUCUUCUUGGGCAUAUUUAGUGGAUCUCAUGGGUGACUUUUAUGUCCCAGUUGUUGUUACUAGUCAACUUUCAGUGGACACUGAGAGCAAAAUUGCAAGAUUAUGUUAUAAUUAUUUUAUUGGAUCAAAUGGUUGUUUUAUGCAACAGAAUAGAGGGUUCUUAGAGGGUUCUUAGAACUAUUGUGUCUGUGUGUUCUACUGAGGAUGGGCCUCUGUGAGAUAACACUGACAGGACAUUUACAAUGUCUUUUGGGUGAUAAAACCUAAAGAGACCGCAUUCCAGAGCAUGAGUUAAUGUUUCUGUUCUAUAUGGUACCAGGGAGAGACGACCUCAGGGCCAGACCCUGGUCUAUACACAGAGUACUGAUUUUACAGCAGAUACUGUCUGCUGAGAAUUAUAAGUAUCUUUCAUACAAAUCUUAACCUUGUGACCCGUUCUAUACAUCUGUUGUUCGUUAUGUAGGUUGAAAGAGGUGUAUCUUGGCUGUAAAAGACCUUUAUACUUUUGUCUUGUGCCUCUCAACAAAUCAUCUGGGGGUGAUUUGUCGACCAGCCAUCAUUAUCGUAGAGCACUCAAUUGAUUCACUUUAUAUGUGUACGUUGUAUUGACCUGCUCCUUUAUUAAGUGAAUAA